AUGACUCCAGAGUCCACUCUAUUGGACACAAUGGUAUAAUUGUGGAGAACAGGAGGAGGUGAUUUGUGAGCAGCUGGUCAGUGAACCCGCACAGUCACUGUCUCUCUCAUCAAUUGAAUUAAUAUAAUUAAUUACCACUCUGAACACACACACACACCCCCCACACACACACAGAGAUGGCAUUUCCAUGCAGUGACCGUAGCCCUGUGGAAGAUGGCAGCAGCUGUGGGGCAGAGUGGGGGUGGUUGGUGGUGUAGCUACAGUGUUGGUGAUCUAACUCCCAUCCGCUACACAGUCUGCCUGCUAACAUAUUCCACAUUACAAGACAGCAGAGCAGAGCACCACAGCCCUGUAUCUAUCUGCAUAGUAAUAUGACCAUGACAUAUUUGGGUAAUAAUUACAUAUUUUGGGGGUAGGCUGGCUCUUUCUCCUCUGUCCUCUCCAUAAAGAAAUAAUACUGUGUGUUAUUAUUGCAAAAGCUACUGGGAGUUUAGAAUUGCAUGUAAAGGAAGAUCGGAUGGUUGUUGUUGUAAAAAGGGCUUUAUGAAUACAUUUAAUUGAUUGAUUAUUUGCUUGUUUCAAGUUGUUCACCUUUCCCUUUUUUUUCUCCAGAGGAUGCUGUUUAAAAACCGUGUGGCUCUGUCUAGCAUGUCUAAGCUGCCUUGGUCAGAGGAGAACGAGAAGGCCUUGGAUAAGUUCAUCCUGGACAGCUCCAUCAGGACCCUAGUGGUCUACCCAGAUCCCUACGCUGGCCUCAGGGUGGAGUACACCAUGCCAUCUCAGGUACAGUCUCAAUAACCCUUCAUAUUGGGUCAAAUCAUAACCUUCACUUGAGUCGAAGUUUCACUCAGUCAUACAUUGAUGUCAAUGGGAGUCUAAGUCAAAGUUAGACUUAAGUUGAAUGUUAGGAUUUGCUCCAAAGCAGAUAUCCUUAAGUAGAGAUCUCAGGUAGCUACUGCCCCAGCCCCAGCCCUGUUCACACACAGUUAGAACAAGGGAGAGAUUCUUCCUUGAGCGCCUUCCUUGUACUGUACCGUCAGUGCAUUAUUAUUAUUACAAAUGAUUGGAGCUUUGUAGAUUGAGAUAAUGAUGUCCCUGAAUAUCAAGCACCGUCUAAAAGAGACUCUGAGGAAUUAAGAAAAAUGUCUACAAUUUUCAGGCAGCGCUACGCCACUUCGUUUCCUCCAUAUAACACAAAGGAGAAUCAAAGAAUGCAGAAUUGAAUUAUGUAUUUUUAUAUAUUUCGCUAAUGUGUUACCUCUUCAAAUGUAUAACCCACUCGUGUUUCCUGCCUCCCCACACCCCCUCCUCUUCCUUAACUUGUUCUUCCAACCAUUGUCUGGUGCUCCUCUCCUCUCCUCCCCUCUCCCCCCUCCCUACAGGUGGUAGACCAGCUGGCCUUCUUCAUCCGCUCUGAUGGCGGUCUGAUCCUUAAGGAGACGUUCGAGAGCACGGUGCAGUUUGGUACGGUGCGGGGCAACGCCACCGAGAGCCUGCUGAGGAUGAUGAACGGCGUGCACGCCCCCCAGGUCACCCUCAGCACCGCAUGGCCCGAGAGCAUCAAGAACAACUACUCCGCCCACAUGCACCGCUUCCUCACAAACCUCACA